AGGUAACAACCUGAACACCAUGUCUGCUUGACCUGUUUUAACCAGAUAACAACCUGAACACCAUGUCUGCUUGACCUGUUUUAACCAGGUAACAACCUCAACACCAUGUCUGCUUGACCUGUUUUAACCAGGUAACAACCUGAACACCAUGUCUGCUUGACCUGUUUUAACCAGGUAACAACCUGAACACCAUGUCUGCUUGACCUGUUUUAACCAGGUAACAACCUGAACACCAUGUCUGCUUGACCUGUUUUAACCAGGUAACAACCUGAACACCAUGUCUGCUUGACCUGUUUUAACCAGGUGACAACCUGAACACCAUGUCUGCUUGACCUGUUUUAACCAGGCGGUUGUGUGUCCCUGAAGAGAAGCUGAGCAAUGGAAACACCAGGAGAUGCUCCAGAGGGACAGAGACACGUCCGUCGGAAGAGACCUCCAUCACCUGUGCCCACUUGUGUGUCCAUGAAGAGUGACCAGUCAAAAGAGCACGGCAUCAACUUCCAAAAUGAAGAUGUUCCAGAUGCAUCAAGACACGUCCGUCGGAAGAGACCUCCAUCACCUGUGCCCACUUGUGUGUCCAUGAAGAGUGACCAGUCAAAAGAGCACGGCAUCAACUUCCAAAAUGAAGAUGUUCCAGAUGCAUCAAGACACGUCCGUCGGAAGAGACCUCCAUCACCUGUGCCCACUUGUGUGUCCAUGAAGAGUGACCAGUCAAAAGAGCACGGCAUCAACUUCCAAAAUGAAGAUGUUCCAGAUGCAUCAAGAAGCCAAAUGGAGGAAUAUAAACCAGAUGCUGUCAGUGACCAGUUCACCCAGAGUCAACAUGGGGAUCUGAAGCACAUAUUCCAGGUGUUAGAGAAGAAGAUCAUCACCUUGGUGAAGAAUGAGCUGAAGAGAUUCAAGUGGAUGCUGAGUCCAGAUUACCAAGAAAACUUUGAAAGUAAAGAGGAGGAUGAGAGUGAUGUCAGAGAAUCGGCUCUGAAGAUGGCACUGCACUUCCUUAGGAAUAUGAAGUUGAAAGAUCUCGCUGACAAACUGCAAGAAAUUAAAAUUAGGAAAACAACAAAGAUUUGUUUGUCCACAGUGUCAGUGGCUUGCAAAACAUUGUUAUGUUUUAUUUUGUUUUUUGAAAUAGAUGAGCUGGACGUAGUUUGUCAGACUAAGCUCAAAAGAAAUCUCAAGAACAAGUACCAGAGUGUUUUUGAAGGAAUACCCCAACAAGGAAGCUCUGCUCUUCUAGAAAAGAUCUACACAGAGGUCUACAUCACAGAGGGAGGAAGUGGAAAAGUAAAUGAAGAGCAUGAAGUCAGACAGAUUGAGUCAAGAUCCAAGAGACCAGCUGGACAGGAGACAUCAAUCAAAUGCAGUGACAUCUUUAAACCCUUACCUGGCCAAGACAAACCAAUCAGAAGUGUCGUCACAAAAGGAGUUGCUGGCAUUGGUAAAACUGUCUCAGUUCAGAAGUUCAUCCUGGACUGGGCAGAGGGAAAAGAAAACCAGGAUAUUCACUUCAUAUUUCCACUGCUUUUUAGGGAGCUCAACCUCAUGAGAGAAAAACAACUCUCUUUGAUGGGUCUCCUCCACCACUUUUUCACAGAAAUAAAGCAGUUAACCUCUCAGCCAAGGGAAGUGCUGUUCGUCUUUGAUGGUCUGGAUGAAUGUCGACUCAAACUAGACUUUCAGAAAAAUGAAAGUUUGACUGAUGUGACAGAGGUCACCUCAUUGGAUGUACUCCUGACAAAUGUCAUCAAGGGUAAUCUGCUCCCCUCUGCUUUACUUUGGAUUACCUCUCGACCAGCCGCAGCCAAUCAAAUCCCGCCUGAUUGUGUUGACCGGGUCACAGAGGUACAAGGGUUCAAUGACCCACAGAAGGAGGAGUACUUCAGGAAGAGGAUCAGUGAUCAGAAUCUUGCCAGCGAAGUCAUCUCUCACAUCAAAUUAUCAAGGAGCCUCCACAUUAUGUGCCACAUACCAGUGUUCUGCUGGAUUGCUGCUACUGUUCUUACGGUGAUUCUUGGCUCUUCAGGAGGUGGACAGAUUCCAAAGACUUUGACAGAGAUGUAUACCUAUUUCCUUAUCUUUCAAACCAAACAGAGGAGCAGCAAGUUUGAAAAUGUGCAGGACCUUGAUCCACAGUGGAACCAGAAAGUUAUCCUUGAUCUUGGAAAGUUGGCUUAUGAACAGUUAGAGAAGGGUAAUCUGAUUUUUUAUGAAGAAGACCUGAUAGAGUGUGGCAUUGAAGUCAGAGAGGCAGCAGUAUGCUCUGGCAUCUGCACCCAGAUCUUUCGAGAAGAAUCGGGGCUUUAUCAAGAUAAGGUGUUCUGCUUCAUGCAUUUAAGUGUCCAGGAGUAUCUUGCAGCUUUGUAUGUGUUUCUAAUGAUGGCAAUUGAAAGGAAUGACAUAAUAUCCAGACACCAAGCUCCUGGAAUAUUCACUCAGCCCAUGAUCAUCUUACACAAGAGUGCUGUGGACAAAACUUUGGAGCAUGAAGAUGGACGCUUUGACCUAUUCCUCCGUUUCCUUCUUGGCCUCUCUCUGGAGUCUAACCAGACUCUCCUGCAUGGCCUACUACAGAGAGGACAAAAUCAGAUGGGCAAUGAAGAAACAAUCAGUUACAUUAAGGAAACGAUCAGGGUGGUUCCUUCAUCAGAAAGGGUGAUCAACCUCUUCCACUGUCUGCAUGAACUCAAUGAUCACUCCUUAGUGGAAGAGGUCCAGAACUUCCUGAGUGCUGGGACACUUUCUGGAGCUGAACUGUCACCUGCCCAGUGGUCAGCUCUAGUGUUUGUGCUGCUGACAUCAGAACAGAACCUGGAUGUGUUUGACUUGAAGAAGUACAUCAGAUCUGAUGAAGGUCUCCUAAGGCUGCAGCCAGUAGUGGAGGAAUCUAAGAAGGCUCAGUUCAAUAGCUGUGGGCUCACUGAAAGGAGCUGUACAGCACUGGCAUGUAUCCUCAGCAAACCAUCCUCAAAACUGAAAAAUGUGAAUCUCAGUGACAACAGUAUUGGAGAUAUUGGGGUUCAAGAACUCUGUAGUGGACUAAAGAACCCAAACUGUGAACUGGAGACACUCAGACUCUCAGACUGCAGUAUCACAGAGGAGGGCUAUGCUAGUCUGGCUUCAGCCUUGAGGUUAAAUCCCAAUCAUCUCAGAGAGCUGGAUCUCAGAAGAAAUGAUCCAGGGGAAUCAGGAGUCAAACUGCUUUUAGACCUAAAGGAGGACCCGCAGUGUACACUGCAAAAUCUCAGGUUCCUGAAGGGGAGUGCUGCUGAGGAAAGUAUAGUUAAGUCUUUUGAACAACUUAAAGGUUCUUUCUAUGUUCAAGGAAUCCAGAGUUUUUCCUAA